GGCACGUGCUGGUCUUCGUGGAAAUUACCGAGAAUUCUUCGGACAGAAAGGCUCACAUCGAGGUAAAGAUGAUGACAGGAUAUGACGAGGAUCGUCGUGAGAUGAUUUUCGUUUUCGGCUUGCGGUUUUAUUUGUAGUCGUCGAGCGUGUGAACGCGUGUUCGUGUCGGAGCGAACUGAAGUCUGAAUAAUGAUGGUUUUGUCUUCCACACUUUGGUUUUUGUCUUGGCUGCUGGUUGCUCACAGAAGCUUCCUUGUCUCCGGCUGCGAUCACUGCAUUUCCUUCGGUAGUCCCUCGUUCAGCCCGUCCACACUCGUAGUGCGGUACGGUGCCUCGGCAUCUGUAACUUGUACUGUGUGUGACGGUACUUGUGACAAGGGUUUGGAGAAAUCAUUGGGAAGUUUAAGAGAAAAUGACACCACAGUCGAGUGGGUGGUUGAGAACAUGACAGAGUGGAAUCCAUCUCCACUGUGCUACUAUACAGAUAUUCACGGGAACCAGUGUUGCAGCCGACUUCGUGUCACCGUUUACCAGCUUCCAGACGAUGUGUCCAUCAGAUUUGUGAAUCACUCGGGUGAGAUGCUGGAGGGUCAGCAGUACACCCUGCAGUGCACAGUGCCGAACGUGGCUCCCGUUAAUAACCUCACCGUGACGUUCUACAGAGGACACGAGGAAUUAGAGCAAAUACAGCCAAAGCGCAACCAGAAAACACCGGUGACCGAGACCUUCACACUGAACAUCAAUACCACCAAAGAGGAUGAUGGAGUCCAGUACUGGUGUGAAGCCAAGUUACAGCUUGGGCCUGAUGGGCCACAGCACCCUCCAGUGGCGUCAUCAAAAAUCAUCAAUGCUGUCGUCCACUAUAAACCUCAGCUACAGCAGCCGUCACACCUCCAUCAGAUCUCUGUCAAAGAGGGAAACCCUGCUGCUACUGAACUGCUCCGCGGUGGGAAACCCCAGCCCCACCUACACCUGGAAACACCCGCCAGGAGGAAGCUACCUGCUCAGCUACAACGACAGCGUUUUGACCGUCGCAUCCACGGCUCUUGAACAUGCAGGGCAGCACGUGUGUUCCAUCCAGAAUAAGCUGGGGUCCAUCAGCGUGACCUUUAACGUAAAUGUCCAAAGGGAUUUCACAUUCCUCUACAUCCUCCUGGCAGUAAUUUUUUGCCUAGCUGUGAUUUCCAUCCUCUUCAUCAUUUUCUACAUCCAUCACAAACAAAAUCGAACUGGACUCUACAACCUGUUGCGCUUUCGAAAGGAGCACGAUGCCAAUGCUUGUUGAAAGUGAUUAACAUUAACACUGUAAAUACACUGGAGAAAUGUGGAUUAGAAGCUGCUGCAUAGUUUCACGUCUCACCCUGUGCCAGAAGUCAUCCUCAACAAGGCUGAGUUCACAUUACCAGCUGAAGUGGUUGGUGUCACUCCCUCUUUCUCAUCUGGACUUUUCACAUUGACAAGUAUUUUAAAGGAGAUACAUCUGAUCGAUUUAACUGUUCUGACAGCGUUUGACCUCAUAGAGAUCAGGUAGCAGUCAGACCUCGGACCGUGUGUGCAAGAUGUGGGUUGGGAAAUCACAUCUAUGUCACAUACAUGGUGUUGACAAGAAUAAAGAUGCAUAGGCAGAAUAUUUGUGAAGAAUGUUUAAUAGUAGGUCCCUUUGGUUUAAUAUCAUGAUAGUUACCAUACAGUUAAAAUGUGACCCUGAACUGGAAAAUACUGAUUUUUUAUUUUUUUAUUUAUUUUUUUGUAAAUACAUAAAAAAAAACAGUCCAGUGUCACGAUUUUUUUUCAUCCUCUCCUCAUGAAAUGAUUCAAAUUUUCGUGGCGGGGUUUUUUUUUUAACUCGCUAUUACUAACCCUACUCCUAUCCCUAACCUUAACCAUAACCACCACCCCCCGCCCCCGCUGCAGUUUUAAUUAUAUGCACCCAUCACAGAAUGAAUUAGAAUAAAUUUGUGCUCCCAUGAUGAAAGUUUUGCACUUUUCAUGACAAUAUGACGAACCAAUAGAUUAAUGUAUAUUUCAUGCUGCUGAAUCACAGCAAUCCGUGAGACUGGGUUGUAAAAAAAAAAAAAAAGAAUUUAGUUUAUGACUUUGUCAUUAUUAUGCACU